AUGGACGCAGAGAGUGGUGACCUCAGUCGCCAUAAUAACAACGCAUCAACGCUGUUUUCGUUUCCCCUACCGUCUUCUCAGAAGAACAUCCCCCUGAACCACCAAUCUCACCACAACCACCAUCACCACCCCGUUCAUCACCAUCAACAUCCACAUUUAAUCAAUCUUCAGGAGAUGCUUGAAACGACAAGUGUCCUGGACCAAGUCCACCAUCACCACUUUGAUAAUCGAGGAGUCCCGAUGUACUACCCUUCUCAGCCCUCAUCCACCUAUGACGAGGGUUCACCUGAUAGCCUCCGAAAGGCUUCUCCAGUCAGUUUCCUCCGCAACGGUCCGCCAACUAAACGACUCAUUGACCUCGAACCCCAAGCGCUUCAUGGUGUUGAUUCUACCGGUGGUUUCGAGAAUGUAAAGGGAGAUUACUAUGGUGGUAACGAAGGUUAUGGUGCAAACCCCAGUGCCCAAUUUCUACGAAGUCCACCCUCUGAUUACUAUCCGAUGGAUUCAUCGUUUUCCGCGCCCCCACCCCAGUCCACCCAAAUCCAUUCCCCAGCUUUCCUAAAGGUAGACGAGCAUCAAGGAGACCUUCCUGAAGGAGGUGAAAGGAGAUACGAUUAUACUUCACCUUCACCAAACACGCAGAUACGUCAUGCCCCUUCCCUGAUCCCCCAAAUGAGCGGGGGAACUGAAUAUGUGCAAAUUGAGGAGGGUUAUGGAAAGGUUUCUGGACAACCACAAACAACAAUUCCUCCUCAGCAUCCGCCCACAUCCACGCCGUCAAUGAAUAGCACCAACAGCAUUAAUAGUAAAUCCGUUGUGGCUGGACUCCCAUGCGGUAACACUGGCUCAACAGCCAUAAUUUAUCCUUGGAUGAAAAGAGUGCACUCUAAAGCCGACGUCGAACCCCUCUUGUCUGGACGUUGGUUCCUCCUUGACUACGUGAGCCUGACACCCGAGCAAUUCGAUUGGGUUCGCCAGAGAGAGGGAGAGAGAUUAAAAAAACCGACUGAUGCGACGCAUCAGGGGUCCACUUUUUUAUUAUACCAGAUGGUGAAAACGAUGAGUCUUUCGAGUUAUUAUCAGGCUCUGCGUGCACGGGUGGCAGGCCCGACAUCCGUGUGGGGGGCGCGCGGAGCCUGCGAUAAAGGGAGGAGUCCGGCUGGGCCAUUGACCAGGGACGUUGUUGUUUUUAACCUCGGCUUUUGA